GUGUCUGUCCUGCGCCAGUAAGCUUAUAACCAAACGAUGACAAUGAAGAACGGUAAACGCCUAGCUUUGUUCAACAUACAUACUUUUUGAGUUUUCAACGUUCAACUUUUUCUCUCUCCUCACUUGCUCGUUAUCCAUCAACACCUCUUUCUCUCAGGCGCCUUCUCGAUUCUGUCGAGGAAUUUUCGGUGGAAGUUCAUUUUUGUUCAGACUUCAGAGAGAUGUUUUCUUUGCUUUUGUGGACUGCUUCUGCAGCUGGAUGAUGCAGUUUCACGAUCAGUAGUGGGAAUUUGGCUAUUUCUUUCUGGGAUUUGGAAGUUCUUGUUCGUAAAGAAUGGGUUCCUUUGAUAGAGAUGAAGUACCAAUGUUAUCAGAUACCCAUCCAAACUCAUUGGAUGAAUCUGGGAAUUCUGAGUUGCAGAGGUUUGCAUCGUGGACUCGCAGUGCGUCAAUCUCCAUUCCUAUGAAUUCCCUGCAGUCAUAUGGAGGUGUAAGUAGCCUCGUAGGCCAUACUGGUCCAUUGCGGAGUGAAAGAAGAACUCCAUUCAUCCAGAUGAGCGGUCCUUUGUAUACUGGCCCUACAUCAGAGAACCUUACUCAACCUAUCCAAGGGGCAGCAGGAUGCAAAAUAGUAGAGCCUAAGAUGGAAAAGUUUCCCUCAUUGAGCAAAAUGGAUAAGAAUGAUUGGUCUGAUGACAACUAUGUUGGCCAAAAUGAACAUUUAUUAAGAUCUGGGCAACUGGGUAUGUGCAACGAUCCAUACUGCACAACAUGCCCAACAUACUACAAUUUCAAGGAACAGAAGCAGCCAAAAACUUCAAGUAUAUUUGACCCCAAGUUCCAUAAUGCUCUUUAUGGGGAUGCCAAAGGUUGGGCAAGGAGAUUCUUCUCCUUUGUAUUACCGUACAUUCCUGGGGUCAUGAACCCUCAUGCUAAAGUUGUUCAACAAUGGAACAAGUUCUUUGUCAUUUCUUGUUUGGUGGCAAUUUUUGUGGACCCUCUGUUUUUUUUCUUGCUUUCUGUGCAGCAGGAUAAUAAGUGCAUAGUUAUCGAUUGGCCCAUGGCGACAACAAUGGUGGUUUUCAGAAGCCUGACUGAUUUCAUUUACUUUUUGCACAUGCUUCUUCAGUUUAGGUUGGCAUAUGUUGCUCCUGAAUCUCGGGUGGUGGGUGCUGGAGAGUUAGUUGACCAUCCAAAGAAAAUUGCUCUUAAUUAUCUCACUGGAUACUUUCUUCUGGAUCUUUUUGUUGUAUUGCCACUACCUCAAAUCAUGAUAUUGCUGGUCUUACCAAAGUUCUUGGGGUCAUCUGGAGCAAAUUAUGCAAAAAACCUUCUACGCACUGCGGUGCUGGUUCAGUACUUUCCCAGGUUGUACAGAUUCCUGCCAUUGCUUGCUGGCCAGUCUCCAAGUGGCUUCAUUUUUGAGUCAGCAUGGGCCAAUUUUUUCAUAAAUCUUCUGACCUUUGUUUUGUCUAGCCAUGUUGUGGGGUCAUGCUGGUACCUCUUUGGAUUGCAGAGGGUAAAUCAGUGUCUUCGGGAUGCUUGCCAUAACUCUAAGAUCUCAUUGUGCAUGAAAUUCAUUGAUUGUGGUCAUGGGAAUGAUAUUGGAGAAUUUAAUGGAGAUCCAACAUGGAUGAACUGGACAAAGAAUGACAACGCCAAUAAUUGUUUUGGCAAGGAUAGCUUCUCAUAUGGAAUCUAUGGACAAGCUGUCAACCUCACCAUAGAACAAACUAUUGUCAGAAGAUAUGUAUAUUCAUUGUUUUGGGGUUUCCAGCAAAUCAGUACUCUGGCUGGAAAUCAAGUCCCAAGCUAUUUUGUUUGGGAAGUCCUUUUCACUAUGGCUAUCAUUGGUCUGGGUCUCUUGCUAUUUGCUCUUCUCAUUGGAAAUAUGCAGAACUUUCUUCAAGCUCUUGGAAGGAGGAGGUUAGAAAUGUUGCUUAGACGGCAUGAUGUUGAGCAGUGGAUGAACCAUCGACGCUUGCCAGAAGAACUAAAGAGGGAGGUACGACAAGCAGAACGAUAUAAUUGGGCUGCCACUAAAGGAAUAAAUGAAGAAAUGCUAUUUGAGAAUUUGCCAGAGGACCUUCAAAGAAAAAUACGCCGACAUCUCUUCAAAUUUGUCAAGAAAGUCCGAAUUCUUGCCUCGAUGGAUCAACCCAUCCUAGAUGCCAUUUGUGAGAGGUUAAGACAAAAAACAUAUAUAACAGGAAGCCAAAUUUUGUAUCCUGGUAGUCUGGUCAAGAAAAUGGUCUUCAUUGUACGCGGAAAAAUGGAAAGUAUUGGAGAAGAUGGGAUUACAGUUCCUUUGUCUGAGGGGGGUGUUUGUGGGGAGGAGCUUCUCAUCUGGUGUCUUGAACAUUCGCCAGUGAACAAAGAUGGCAGAGGAAUAAAGAUUCCAGCGCAGCGAUUGCUUAGCAGCAGGGUGGUAAGAUGUGUAACGCAUGUUGAAGCUUUUAUACUGCGUGCUGAUGAUCUUGAAGAAGUCACCAGUAUUUUUACAAGAUUAUUGCGGAAUCUACGCAUUCAAGCGGCUAUAAGAUAUGAGUCACCCUACUGGAGAAGCCUUGCAGCAACCCGCCUUCAAGUAGCUUGGAGAUACAGGAAAAAACGUCUCGCUGAAUCCAACUGUUCAACCUUAAUAUGAGGCUGCGAAAAUCCAUUGUGAAAUUUUCAUGUCAGAAUGCAAUCGACAACACCUGAUUUUUGAGAGGAAACCGUUUUAGAAGAAUCAUUUUGAAGUCAGCUGUUAAGCAAGGAUCGUCAUGGAUAAACUUAAAACACUGGAAGAAUGGUAGACAAUGCCGGUGCUAGCACAUAGUAUUAUGACCACUAUGCUUUGUGUAUAAUAGGUUAUCAAACCAUUUGUAUGUAUUGAUUUUCUUUAAUUGUCUCGAUGGAAUGAAAGUCACAGUUUAUUCAUCUUGUGAAUUUUCCAAUUCAAACAUAUUGAAUUCAUGGUAUUGAAUCAGCGUUUGCGCGAACUUCCCA